AUCUCAAUUACAAGUUUUACUUGAUCGUGCACCUAACCUUCGUUGUUUAGAUAUUCGUCAAGAUGAAUCAUUAUCUUUACAAAUGUCAUUAUUCCAUGAAGGAGAAUGUAUUAGACUAUGUCAUUCACCAUUAUGUAUUCAAUGUGAAGUUCUUUUUAUCAGAAUUAAGAGUCGUCAUACUACAAUUUAUCUUGUCAAAAAUAUGUUAAAUCUUUCAUCAUUACAUGUUAAACGUGACGAUGAAAAGUAUCAUAAACGAUUAGCAACAGCAAAGAAUAAUAAUGACAAAUAUCGUGAUGGAAGCGUAGAAAAUGAAGAGGAACUUAUUGAUUGA